CUCGUUACCUUCCGACUCACAACCGCGCAUCAACCACAGCGGUACGAGCUUCACAUGGGCUGGGAAUCAUGUCGAAACAAUACUUGACCACACACACUGUGGAUAAUGCCCACAUAACCGACAUCUUCAGUCUGGCCACUACUUCAAGGGCUGUAUUGUCUGCGAGCGGCUCGUCAACUCUUCACAUCCACGACACCUCCGACCCCGCGAUCCCCAUCACGCAAUCCAUCAGCGGCGCACACAAGCUAGGCUGCCACCACAUCUGCACCUCCCGCAAUGGUCUGGUUGCCGCGAGCGCGGGCUUCGCCGGCGAGGUGAAGAUCUGGGUCAUCAACAAGGACACGAGCGAGUGGAAGCUGCACUCGGAGAUCAUGAACAAGGCGGCCAAGGCCGGCGAGGUCUGGGCCAUUGCCCUCAGCGAGGAUGGAAAAUUCCUGGCGGGAACGACCUAUGACGGCCGGGUGAAUGUGUGGGACAUUGGCGAGGAGGGCACGCCCAAGAUUAGAGAGUACGAGACGGGAAGCCCUGGCCAGGGAAGUUUUGGCAUGUCAGUCGACUUGAGCCGUGAUGGGCGGUACACAGCCAGUGGCCACCAGAACGGAGCUGUCUAUGUCUUCAACAACGACAACGGAAAGUUGUUGUUCUCACUACCAGGCCUGGUAAAAUCUGUCCGCUCUGUUGCAUUCUCCCCUGGAAACACCAGACUCGCUGCCGCUGGCGACUCAUCCAUCAUUGCUCUCUACGACAUCAAGAAUGGCGAGCAAGUCAGCAACAUGACUGGCCACUCCUCAUGGAUCACAUCUGUUGACUGGAACGACACGGGUGAAUACCUGCUCAGCGGAGCGAUGGACGGAAAGGUCAAGGUCUGGUCGGUAGAGCGAAGCGCCUGUGUCGCGACGCAUAGCGAGACGGACAAGGCUCUGUGGGCUGUCAAGUGGCUUCCGAAGACUGGAAAGAACGAGUCUUUCUGUACAGCGGGCGCCAACAGAAGCAUUUCAUUCUAUAGAGAAGCUACUGGCGCGUAAAGGAAGGGAAUAUCAAAAGUCAAGCAAAGGUCGGCGUGCAUCUAGAAUACCCUGAAACAUGAGGUUUUCCUGCGGCAGGUCCAAAGACAGACGAUAGAAACAUGCUGCAAUGAACAAUCAUGAUGAUGAGGACAGUGUCAACUACGGUGCGCCAUCACGAAG